AUGGGAACUCUUCGGACUGUGGCCCUGACUAUCCUGGGGAUCUCGGCGUUUGUCUUCAUUGCCCUCUUCGGCAGGCUGCCGCUAUUCCGCAAAACUCCCGUGGCUUUUCUACACCGAGCCCUGUGGAUAUAUAUCCCUAAUGGAAUUAUCUUCAUCGACUCUCGCCUGCUCGGAGGACGAGUGGUGUGGCUUUGGAAACGAUCCGGCAGUUACGUCCUGAGCGAAAAUCAUCCAUUAGUCUUGGUGAGUGGUAACACCCAUCAGAAAGCGACCAUACUAACUCCGUUUGAGAUUUUCUUUUUGUCCCUGCUCUUAAUUGGUGAGUAUAUCUUCCUGCCACCGGCCUGGCCCCGGAUAUCAAGCUCUCACAAGCCCUGGGUGCUCGCCGUGGUCACUGCACCGUAUUUCCUCAUCUACAAGUGUGUGGUGACCAAGGCCUUCAUCACCUCGCAAAACCACGAAGAAGAGAUGAAGCGGUAUCCCUACGACCGGGUCCUCUUCCACCCAGGGAAUCACUGCAGCACCUGCCACUUCCUCAAACCGGCCCGUAGCAAACACUGCAGCAUCUGCAGGGCCUGCGUGUCAAGACAUGACCACCACUGCGUGUGGCUGAUGAACUGCGUCGGGGCUCAAAACUACCCCUACUUCCUCUUGCUGCUGCUGUCCCUUUCCGUACUUUUGAUCUACGGCUCCGUCCUGGGCUAUUCGCUGCUCUGCCAGACUCUGGAGCAGUACGUGUUGCCCGAUGUGCACGAAGAAAUGCGGGAGAGCUGGAUAAUCUAUCUUAAUGUCUGGACUUCGGUUAUUACCCUCGAUCCCAAGAUCGGGGCGGUGUUUUUGUUGAUGCUCAUGACGGCCCCGUUGGCCGUCGCGUUUCUUGUCUACCAUACCUACCUCAUCUGGGCGGGCAUGACGACCAACGAGAGCGCCAAGUGGUCGGACUGGAAGGAAGAUGUUCUCGAUGGGUUCGUCUACAAGGCCAACCGGGAUGAGGUUUUUGGGCUAUCCUCGCCGUCAAACUGGCCGGUCCACAGCGAUCAGGUUCUGGUCACUGACAACGAACCUCCACGAGGCGAAUACGUGUUGGCAACUACCUCCAAUCGGAUCGCCCAUCAGGGUCGGCCUGACGCACCGGUGGAUGUGCGGUGGAGGCGACUGCGUAGUAUGCGGGAUGUGGACAAUAUUUAUGACAUGGGAUUUUGGCUUAAUUUGCGAGAUGCCAUGGGAUUUUCGCUCAAACCCCGUUGCACUCCGGCGGAGCUAAUGCUCAAGGUCAUCCUGGCUGGCACUUUGAGCCAUUACGAGACUCGAGGCAUGAUCGACGACAAGCGUCUGGAGCACAUGCUGGCCGCCGGAAAGCAGAUCUUGUACAAGACACACCAGGAGAGCGAUGUUCGGCACAAUCUCGGCAUGUCGCCAGACAUCUGGAAAGGCCUCACGGACGUCCUCACCAACGCGAUCCCCGUCCUCGAGUCACAGUCAUUUGCGUGGAAAAACCCUGCCUCGGCAAACUACGACCACUCCUCCUCCAACCUCAUCGCAUUCCAUUAUUUCUCGCUCGUCAAGGACAUCGAGCGUCUAAAUGACCUAUGCACCAUCGCGCGCAACCUUCUGGCAACAACAAAGAAAGCACAGAAUCUUGCCGCGGAGAAAGGGUUCGACCAGAGGAUUCUCGCCCUGAUUGACACCUGCGUGCGCGUAACGGCUCGUGGCUUCGAUGGAGAAACAAAUGCACGAAAUGAGGAACGGUGGCAGAAAGUGGUCAACCUGUACAAGCGGCUGUUGAUUACCUGCCUCCAAUACCUGCACAACUUCGUCAUGCAUAACGAACAACGGAAGAUGGUGCUCUGGCUGGAUCUUUUUGGCUAUCAUUCCACUGGUGACUCGAACAUCAUUCAGCCCAAGGAGCCGUUGGACCAGACCGGUGUUCGCGCGGAGGGAGUGGCACCCAUAGUAAAGACUGGAGAACGCGUGGUGAACCCUCCCAUUCGGGCAUUAUAUGACCAGACCGCCGAGGACUUGUUACUGGAGACUAUUUCGAACUUCCCUCGGGAGCCAGCCACGAUCAAGGAAGAAGCGGCGAUGCUGCUUCUCGCCAACAUUAAGGAUCACAUGGAAAAUCUACUAGGCCGAGACUUGACUGCCAUCCAGGAAAUGGGCAAGGAUCCGAUACAAGUGAAGGAGAUCCGCGCUGCGUUGACAGCUAUCCUGGGCGCCAAGGUCGAUGGAUGGUCCGAUCUUCAAGACCGCGCUCGCGAUCUCCCGCCUGCGCUUCCUGAAGAUGAACCACCGCGUAAGCGACCGAUUCUGACGAUCGACCGCAGUUACACCGCUGGGUACCCGCGCAUCUGCUGGGCUGAUAUGCCAGACCUCAAUGAGUUUGGUGCUCUUGCUGCUGUGGAUGCACCGGUCACGGAAGAAGACACCAGCAUGCCACGGUCAGCGCAGUCUGCGGCUGAGACGCUUCAAGAAGCCAAGGAUGAACUUAUGGCACGGCUGCAGGAGUCGUCCCAGCUUGGCGGUGAUCCGGAUGGAGACUAUGACCACGACCACGACCAUGAUCAUGACCACGAUCAUGAUCACGAUCACGACCACGAUCACGACCACGACCACGAACAUGACCAUGACCACGAUCAUGACCACCACGACCACCACGACCACGAUCACGACCACGGCGAUGUACGGACAGUGGGCGAUGAUGACUCGCGUAGCUUGGAAGCUGUCGCCGACGGAAGUAUCGAGGAGGACGAGGAAGAAGACGAUGAGGACGACGACGACUACCGGGGUCGACCAGGCGAUCAACAGCGUGGCCUUCUGACCGAUAUUCCUCUUGUUUUGGGCCCAGCGGAGAUCGAAGCUCUGCCUAUGAUUGUCCAGGCCGGCAUCGUCGACAGCUUUGGGUUGAAGGGAGGCGAACGCAAUGGUUCUCGGAACAUGCAGGCCAUGCGGUGUCAUGUUUUGCUCACCCAGGAGACGGGCCGAAACCUGCUGCGCGAGCUUCUGAUCUUCAUUGCGGCCUGGGAUCUCCCUGACGACGAGCUCUACUUCAAGAUGAUGGUCCAGAUCAUGGAAGCCGUGCUCAAGAAUGGACUCAUGUCUCACGCAUACUCGGACUUUGGCCAGCCCAAGGACAUCAUUUCUCCUGCGCAGGCGGUGGUCAUCAAAAUCCUCACCCACAUCUUCCGCUCCAAGUACUCCCCAUCUCCAGUCACCGGCUCCUCGCAAAAGCGCGUUCCCUCGCCGCUGUCGCGCGUCGACAUCUUGACCGUGCGAUACAUCUUCACCAUCUUCCGCGGUAACAUCAUCCCCGAAACCUGCGCCCUGAUCUACCUGCAAGGCCAGAUCCGCGACGGUAUGGCCCUGCCCGAGGACUUUCCCCUGAAUCUGUGGGACAUGGAACGGGUGUACGAAGGCGUCUACCAAUUCCUGGAGUUCUUCGCCGUGCUCACAGAGAACAACGACUGGAAGAACCUGCUCGUGAAAUGGGAGAUUGUCUACGACCUGGUAACUCUCAUCAAGGAGCUGGAAGCCAGCAUCCCCAAGGGCCAGCUCAACUCUCUAUCCUUUGGCUCUGUCCCGCCGCCUCCCCCACCCCCACGCAGCACCUCGCCCAGCACCGCCGAGUCUGCCCUUCCCGCCGCCCCCGUGGCCGUCGAGCGGCCCUACGACCCCAGCGACCCAGAUCCCAUUGACACCUGCGCCGCCAGCGUGGACUCUCGCCCGGACUCCCCACCCAUCUCAGAAGACCCGUCUGAAUUCGAAUGGCGCAACCUCAAGAAACUCGUCGUCCUCGUUCUCUCGUCACUCGUCUGGAAAUGUCCCGAGGUGCAGGAGCAGAUUCGUCGACAUGGCGGCGUCGAGGCUAUCCUCUGCUGCACGGCCUUCGAUGCGCAUAACCCCUACAUCAAGGAGCACGCCGUUAUGUGUCUGAAGUUCUUGCUGGAGGGGAACCGCGAGAACCAGCGCCUGAUUGAGGAGUUGGAGGCGCGCGAGGUCGUUAAGGACGAGGGAGGUGUUUUGGAACGCAGUGGCGUUCAGGCUAUGAUUGACCAGGCUGGUAAGCUGGCUAUUCGGCCCAAGGAUGGUGGCCUGUUGAUCCACGAGUAG